CGUUCCUGUUGCACUCGGAUGUUGGAAUUUUCGAGUUCCCAGUCGGUAAUUUCAACUGGAACGCCACAUGAAUUGCCAAAAUACAACAACAUACGUUUGUAUCAACUGGUAUUUCUAUCAACAACAAACCUGGCUAGAACUGGCUUUCUGACCGAUAACUGGAAAGAAUCAAACUCGAGUGUGACGUAAUUCCCAGCUCCGUCUUCCAACUUCCGAGGUUACAGGAACAUAGCACGUCUCCUCCAUAGUUUUCACUCUGACGCAUACAGUGAGUCAAGAUGGCGGCGUUCAGCGCGGAGCAAUGGCUGAAUGAGCUACCAAACCAUAUAAUCUUCAAAAAACUACGCGAGAAGUUGGACUCUGAAGUCAGCUCGAAUGAAAGAGAGGUCGUUAAGAACCUCACCUUCUGCCUCGGCGGGGAUUUCUUUGUAUGGGACGACGUAGACCGCGUUUUUUACACGACUAAUCUGCGGCAGUUGAACUCGGAGAGUCGGUUAAGCGGGAACCAGCAGCACCACCAGACCUUACUGUGUACCAGCCCGCCGCGCUUCGACGUGCACCAGCUGUUGCUCAGCCCGACCCAGCAGCAUGUGGCGCUGGUAGGACAACGCGGGGUGUCGGUGCUUGAACUGCCGCAGCGAUGGGGGAAGAGAUCCGAGUUUGAGGGAGGCCGGAUCGACAUCAGCUGCAAGACCACGCCGGUGGCAGAGCGCUUCUUCACCAGCUCGCCGUCGGUGACUCUGCGCCAGGCGGCCUGGUACCCGAGCGAGACAGACGAGCCACAUCUAGUACUGCUCACAUCCGACAACACCAUUAGGUUUUAUGGGUUAAAGUCGCCUCAAACGCCGGCCAAGCUGAUGUCCGUGUCGCAGUCUGAGGAUGACAGCAGCGUCCGUCCUCCGGCCCGCUCCUACGCCGCCUCUCUGGGGGAAAUAGCGGUGGCGUUUGACUUCGGAUCGGUGUCCUCCGCCCCUCGGCAGCUGGCAGCACAGUCCUCCAAAGAGCAGCAGUUUUACCCUCUGUACAUCCUCUACGAAAAUGGGGAAACCUAUCUGUCCUACACGAGUCAGUUCAACGGACUGAAUGUAAGUAAACUCGUCGGACCCCUCCCCAUGUAUCCCGCAGCAGAGGACAACUAUGGCUAUGAUGCUUGUGCCAUCCUCUGCCUGCCUUGUGUGCCCAGCAUCUUGGUCAUUGCCACUGAAACAGGCACUCUGUAUCACUGUGUUGUGCUGGAGUCUGAAGAAGAGGAAGAGGUGAAGUGGAUCCGAGGCACAGAGGCAAUACCAGCUCUGUAUGUCUUUGAGUGUGUCGAACUAGAGCUCACCCUCAAAGUAGCCACAGGUGAGGACGAAGACGCUCAAGAGUUUGAUUUCACCUGCCCAAUCAGACUGCACAGAGAUGCCCUGUGUCAGCACAGGUAUCACUGCACCCACGAAGCAGGAGUGCACAGCGUGGGGCUUAUCUGGGUCAACAAGCUCCAAAAGUUUCUGGGUUCAGGCGAGGAGGAUAAGGACAGUCUGCAUGAGCUGGCAACUGAGAAGCGCUGCAUCGUAGAGCACAUCCUUUGCACCCGACCGCUUCUCACCAGUCAGUCAGCUCCGGUUCGAGGCUUUCUGAUUGUAUCUGAUCUCUCCUUGGGUGCCACCAUGCUCUGCAUCACCAACACCUAUGAGUGCAUCCUGCUGCCCCUCCUGAGCUCCAUUCGCCCCCCGUCCCCUCCUCUGCUCUGUUCCCACCCGGGCGCAGGCUCUGUUAGCUCCCCGCUGCGUGGGUUGGCUGACGACUCCUUCGAACAGCACAUUCGCAACAUCUUGGCACGUAGCUCCACCAAUCCCCUUGUACUUAAAGCCGGGGACAAGGACACGUCACCACCGCCUCCGGAGUGCCUGCAGCUCCUCAGCAGGGCCACACAGGUGUUUCGUGAAGAGUACAUCCUGAAGCAGGACAUGGCCCGUGAAGAGAUGCAGAGGAGGGUAAAACUUCUGACUGGCCAGAAGAACAAACAGCUGGAAGAGAUGAGUCUGUGCAGGGAGGAGAGGAAGAGUCUGACAGAGGCAGCAGAGAGACUGGCCGAUAAGUACGAAGAUGCAAAAUAUCGCCAGGAAACCAUCAUGAAGAAGGUUAAAAAAGUGUUGGGCAGCUUACAAAGCCAACUGCCUAUACUGUCAAACAGUGAGAAGGAUAUGAAGAAGGAGCUGCAGACCAUCAGUGAUCAGCUGAAACUUUUGGACAACUGCAUCAAACAGGUGAACAUGAAGAUGGAAUACCAGAAGACACAAGUGAACAAGGAUGUGCCUGCAGCCCGGACGACUGUCUCACUCAACGCCCAGCAGAAGAAGGUUGUUCAAGAUGUUCUUAAAGAGCAAGGACAGCAAAUUGGUGACAUGAUGAAGCAGAUUAAAGACAUCAAAAACCAUUUCAGUUUCUAAAAACUGCAGAAAACUGUAAAUAUACUGUUGUAAAAUAAGUGGGGAAACAUUUUCAAAUGCUCUUCUGAAUGCAGUCAGUGCUUAAAUCUGCCUUCUUUGAUACAUGUUUGUCUCAAACAGCAGGUUUGCCUUCGGGUCUGUUUAACAGUUUGAUUAUUUUUUUACGCCUGUGUUUCUGAAUGUUAAGGUUUGAUUGGAUGACCUAGUCAGAGCACAUUAUGCCAUGUACAGGCAGGUAAAAGUAGAAAUAUUUUGAACCAAGAUGGUCUACUCACUUUGGAAUAAAUAAUAAACUCUAUAAAGAUC